UUAGUGUCGUCACCACGGCUCUCACCUCUCACCUCUACCCUUACCCGCUCCCAGGUCAGCACUUCUAGAAAGUUAUGAGAAGCGCCACAAUCAUGUGUGGUGUUAUCUCAAGAGCUGUUAGAGAGUACUUUGAGAGAGCAAUGCGUGCUAGAAUGUCUGGCUCGGAUUAUUCUCACUUGGAGCCCGCAUCUCGUAUCAAGCAAUUGUGCUCACACAGUGACUCGGUUGUAGUUGAUGGAAAAAUACCCAUUCGCAGUGGAGUGGCAGAUUGUCUCCUGCUCCUGCACUUUGUGAGGGAAGCCAGGUUCUGGUCCCCCCAGUAAGUCAAACAGAACUUCCGCAACUGAUGGAUAAAUCUCAGCAAGAUUGCUAUGGGAAGCCAACUGGGCUCUUCCAGAAAGAGAUACUUCAGAUCGGGCUUAGAAAUGGUUCGAAUGGCUGAUGUUUAUGAUGAAGAAGGAAGCCUUGAAAAUGCCUUCAUUUUGUAUAUGAAAUUCAUGACGCUAUUUUUAGAAAAGAUACGAAGCCACCCAGACUUUGCUACCCACUCAUCAAUUGACAAAACCAAUAAUACUAAGAAACUUAAGGAAAUUCUUCCAAAGGCUGAGCGACUUAAAAACCAGCUCACAGAAAAAUACCAACGAGAAUAUAAUAUCAUAGUUCAAGAGCAGAAAAAAUUGGAGGAGCAAUUAAAACGCAAGCAAGAUGAGGCUCAACGUCUUGCUCAGGAAGAGGAAAAGAGGAGGAAAGAGCAGUAUGAAGAGAAUUAUAAGAGAAAUAGAAAUAUUCAAGAUGAGGAAAAGAGAAUUCGAGAUCUGCAGUCCACCCAUCAUAAAAACCCAGAAUUAGCUAUGGAUGAUGCUCCUCCACCGUAUGAUGGUUUAGGUAGCUUAACCUAUCCCACAUCAGCCUUAACUUUGAAUGAUCUAGAACAUGAUGACAGAUUGAGGUUGCCACGGGAUGACAUUAGCCCGUCUUCUAUUACACAAGAUUAUUCUCCUAGCAGUGCUAAUUUUAUACCCAGCAUUCCAUCAAGAGACCUAAAACCUCUGCAUCCAAGCAUUCCGUCUGUAGAUCGGAGUCGUAAACCAGUAUCUCUGUUAAGCGCCAACGUAGGAACAAAAAGUGGAGGGCUUCGUGAAGUAAGGGUCCCAGAGGAAUUAAUGGUUAAAUUUAUGGCCUUGGCUCAACCAAAUACUUCGCGUAAUAUUGAAACAUGUGGAAUCCUUGCUGGCAAACUGGCCCAGCACAAAUUGCUGGUGACCCAUUUACUAGUUCCUAAGCAGUGUGGCACUGCAGAUUCCUGCACCACCCAGCAAGAAGAGGAACUGUUUGACUACCAAGAUAGACUAGAUCUUAUCACUGUUGGCUGGAUACAUACCCAUCCAACACAGACGGCUUUCCUGUCCAGUGUAGAUCUUCACACACAUUGUUCCUAUCAACUGAUGAUGCCUGAAGCUGUGGCUAUAGUGUGUGCUCCAAAGUAUGAAAGGACAGGCUUCUUCACUCUCAGCCCUAAUCAUGGUUUACCCUUUAUUUCCAACUGUCAACAAAGUGGUUUUCAUCCACACCCUAAAGAGCCUCCAUUGUUCCAAGAUGCUACCCAUGUGACACUGGAAAAUAGCUUACCAAUAAAAGUUAUUGAUCUUCGGGACUUACAGUAGUUGAAUGUGGACAUGAUUUGAUUCUAGGCCUUUAUAUCAUCCUAUAGUAGCUAAACAACUUGUGUUUCUUUUAUCUUUAGAAACUGACCCAGUUUAAGAUGGAGCAGAUAAGUGCUCUGAAGACCUUAUUCCAUUUAUGUGCUCUCAAUUUAACAUGCAGUGUAUAGAAUUUACAGGUACUGUAUUUAAUUUUGCUAGUCCUCAGAAAAUUGUAGUGAACAUAUUUCAUUUAAUAUUAAAUAUUAAUAACAUAUUUCAUUUAAUAGUAUAAAACAUUUUGAAUAUGUAGUUUAAAAUUGAAAGUCAUUCUAUACUGAUUUUUUAUGGCAAAUUACCAAGCUGCUUGUGAUACAAUGCCUUUCACUAUAUGUUUAGCAAAUAAUAUAUUAUGUAACUUGGUAAUACACUUCAACAUAUAGCCACACUUUCAAUUAUAGUUCCAAGUUACCCGACACAAAAUAUCUCUGCAUCUUUUAAAACUAAAAACUCUUCAAUACUCUAACCAGUACAGUAUAGAUAUGGAAAGUAUCAAGCUGGUGCCACUGAAAUUAAAAUUUUUUUUAGUUACCUGUUUGAAGUAAUUAAAAAUACCAGAGGAUAUUUGUAAUUAAAAACAUUCAAAUUAUGCAGUAAGAAACUAUUAGUUCAUGAAUUGGCUUUAGCAAUCUAUUUACAUUCAUAUUUCUGGUAUAUAAUUAAUAUCAAAUAAUAUCGCAUACAGUAAUUUUGAUACCAGAAUACUACAGAUUGUAACCAUUGGUAUUAUAAUAAACAGACACCUUACUUGAACAGAUUAAUUGGGACCAGACCAGUCCAGUUAAGUGUGUGUUGACAUUAUCAGGGAGGAACCACCUCGAAGGCUUCCUGGAGCAAGCUACCUGGGUUGCCCUACAUGCAUCAUACCCCACCAAGCCCUUGUGAGUCUUACACCUACCAGAGUUCAUAGACAGAAUCUGGUCUACUCAAAGUGGCAUAGGGAAUUGGGGACGUUAGCUUAACCUAGACCACAAUAGGUUGUUAUACCUCCCUAUUAUGUGGUGGUGGCCCUGGCAGCUUAGAGUCCACCUGGGGAUACCAAACAGUCAUUUUCCUGGUAUGAUCCCAUGGAGGAUCAUGCCUGUAUGAUCCUCUGGUCCAGGUUUAUUCCAGCUAUCUGUUGGAUGCUGUCCUGCAUGGGACUAUGCUUGUAUUUGUUAAUUUUUUUUUUUACGCUAAAUGUGCAUGUCUUUUUCUAUCCUCGCUGUUGAGUGGACCUUGAGUCGUGCGUGUGUGUGUUUAUGAUGGCCUUUCCUAAGUGCUUGCUGGCAUUGCCUCUGCCUUGUCAGGGGUUACUUCCCUGGGGAAAGUAAAUUAACAGGUGUGCCUUCAGGCCUGCCUUCUUUUUAAGAGGGUUCUGCCUUGGAGUAGUGCAUGGGUCUUUGACUCCACCGAGAGGCUUUGAGGUUGUUCUUCAUUUGAGGGGCGCAUGGGAGUUUGCAUGCAAGACUUCCUACACACUGCCUGUACCCUCUUCAGCUGUUCUUCUCUAAACCGAGUUAAGCGUUUGCCUGGCAAGUCCCCCAUGUCUAAUGUUCCAGGUUCGCUUUUUAUUCCUGCCGGAUCUGGCAUACCCCAGCAGGUUUUUGUUGUGGUCCAUCUAGGUACCACAGUUUAAAUUUAUGCCAACAUGUCAUUGCUUGUGCCUCUGCGAUGCUGCUUUUUAACUGAAGGGUUGCUUCCAUCCUGAGCCGUGCGACAUGUUUUGCAGUUUGGGUGUAUUUUGGCCGAGCCACCUUCGAAGGACAGAGCAUAUAAUGCAGCUGCAGUUUGUGACAAAUCGUUAUCAUAAAAACCUUGAAAAAAUAUGGUUAUUUUGUUUGGCCAGUCUACCAAGACAGCUUGGUGAAACCGACAAAAUAUUUGAAUUCGUCAAGAACUGGUCCACUAGUCAAUACUUUCUGGUUCACUAACCAUUCAAGCAAGGUGGCACUGUACAUUACUGAAGCAACAAACAUUUUCAGUUUUAGUACUAUCAAGUCAGAUGACUUGUGAUCAUUUUUUUUAUACACUAUCCUGUUCAAUUAGUACUGGUGAUCAAUUGGGUAACAUUACUCCUAAACAACACAUUUAAACUGUGUGUUUUGGAAUUAUCCUCAAUUUUGAUACAAUAUUAACAAAGGUUAGUAAUCAUGUCACAUAUUGUACAUUGCAUCAUCAUUUGUAAAUUAUUAUACUCGGUUGAUGAUAGAAACUCUGUACUAAUGAUAAAUACUUACUGUGCUACAUUGCCUAUAACAUGUAUAAUCCUGUAUUGAAGUUGUAAUGAAAUAAACUCAGUUUUCCUUGUGAAUGGUAAACUGUCCUGGUACUCUGCAUAUUAAAAGUAUAAAUUGUCAAUGAUUGUUGGUUAAGUAAUCCUGUAACCCAUUGGUAUCUUUACAGAACCUAGGGACACUUGGUAUCUAAUUGAUUAGAAAGUGGGCACGUCCUCAUUGUUUAGGCAUAUAAAAACAUGUUUAAAUAUGUAAAUAGAAGUUAUACUUUAAUACCAAAAAGAAAAAAAGGAGAGAUGUUUUCUAUUACAUGUAUGUAUGUAAUAAUCUUGCCAAAUAUUUCUGCAUAAUGUAUGCUGCUUCUGGCUUGAUCAUAACAAUCAUUAUUGAAAAAUCAUUGUUGAGUUUAUAUAAGCUACAUCUUAAUAGUUAUCAGAAGUAUGUCAAAUGUUUGAUAUUAUAAGAAAUGAUUUUUAUUAUUACAUAUUUUUUAUAUAAUGUUCAUAAUUUACCCAUAUUAUAUAAGUUGUAAUGUCAUCAGUAUUACAAAUACUGUAUCACACUUUUUGGGUUCAAAUUAUUCUUUUAUCACAGAUUUGUCACCAAAAGUCAAAAGCUUAUCUGGUUACUUGAAUGACUUGAACUGCAUACUUGAAUGCAACAAACAGUACUACAAUAUAAUAAAAAUUGAUCAAAAUAUACAGGCACACAAUUAAAUGAUGCACUUGGACAAUAGUACUGUAGUACCAAUAGCUAGAGUAGCUUAAUAAAUCAAAUUUCAUCAAUUCACUUUUUAAAAGAUGUGUAACUUGUGGAUUGUUGUUAAAUGUGUAAAAUAUAAUUUUCAAAUCUGAACCAAAACACGGCAACCUGACCUAACCUAUAUGUUUAUCAUUCUUUAUAUCUGCCUAACAUAGGUAAACAUAAGCCUAAUUCAGUCAGUAAUUAAUAUACAUUAAUCUGAUUAAGGGUGAACUUCUCUGAAGAUACUGUAUUUGAAAAAUAUACACAAUAACUCAUUAGGCAAAACAAUCCUUGUUUACUAGGCAUUAGUAUAGCUGUUCUGGGUAUAAUUGUAUGACAGUACUGUAUUACAUUAUGGAUUAAUAGUUCAAUAAAUUGUUUAAUUUUC